AUGUUUCGCCGGACGUACACGGCCGUGGGGCCCAGCUACUCCACCUCCGUCCUCAACUGCCUGAAGAGCACCCUGGAAUGUGCCGCUGCGCUGCUGGAGGCCGUCUACAUCGACGAGACGAGGCAGAUGCUGGACACGGAGGAUGAGCUGCGGGAGAUGGGCUCGGACGCGGCUGUGCCCUCCGAGGUGCGGGACUGGCUGGCGGCCACCUUCACGCAGCAGGCGCGAGCCAAGGGGCGACGGGCGGAGGAGAAGCGCAAGUUCCGCAGCAUCGUCCACGCCGUCCAGGCCGGCAUCUUCGUGGAGAGGUGGGUGCUGGGGAGGGGGGCACCCACCUUGCCCGGGCCCUGGCGUAACAUCCCCGUCUCCCCCCAGAGCCUCGACCUGUGGUGCUUCGAUGUCUUCGCGCUGAACCGGGUGACAGAGGAUCACGCCCUGAGGACCAUCGUCUUCGAGCUCUUCACCCGACACAACCUCAACAGCCGCUUCAAGAUCCCCUCCGUCUUCCUGACGACGCUGCUGGACGCGCUGGAGGCCGGCUACGGGAAGUACCGGAACCCCUACCACAACCAGGUCCACGCUGCCGAUGUCACCCAGACUGUCCAUUGCUUCUUGCUUCGCACCGGCACGCUGAGCCUCGACCUGUGGUGCUUCGAUGUCUUCGCGCUGAUCCGGGUGACAGAGGAUCACGCCCUGAGGACCAUCGUCUUCGAGCUCUUCACCCGACACAACCUCAACAGCCGCUUCAAGGUGCGCCUGUGCCCGUGCCCACCCAUGGGUGCCCCUGGUGCUGGGCGCCUGGUGCGUGCUGAUGGCUUUGCACGCGUGGGUGCAUCCACGAGAGCGUGUGUGCCGGUGCCGCAGAUCCCCUCCGUCUUCCUGACGACGCUGCUGGACGCGCUGGAGGCCGGCUACGGGAAGUCGGACUGUGCCAUCCUCUACAACGACCGCUCGGUGCUGGAGAACCACCACAUCAGCGCCGUCUUCCGCAUGAUGCAGGACGACGAGAUGAACAUCUUCGUCAACCUCACCAAGGACGAGUUUGCGGAGCUGCGGGCUCUGGUGAUCGAGAUGGUCCUGGCCACUGACAUGUCCUGCCACUUCCAGCAGGUGAAGUCCAUGAAGACAUCCCUGCAGCAGCUGGAGAGGAUCGAUAAGUCCAAGGUGCUGUCGCUGCUGCUGCACGCGGCCGACAUCAGCCACCCCACCAAGCAGUGGUCGGUGCACAGCCGCUGGACCAAAGCCCUGAUGGAAGAGUUCUUCAGGCAGGGGGACAAGGAAGCAGAGCUGGGGCUGCCCUUCUCACCCCUCUGUGACCGCACCUCCACGCUGGUGGCCCAGUCCCAAAUCGGCUUCAUCGACUUCAUCGUGGAGCCCACCUUCUCGGUGCUGACCGACGUGGCCGAGAAGAUGGUGCUGCCCGUCGCCGAGGACCGCACCAAAGCCAAGGGCAACCCAGCGGCCAGCCAGCAGGCCAGCUCACAGUGGCGGCAGCCGUCCCUGGAUGAGCACCUGGAGCUGGGGGACAUCAAAGCCGACCUGGCCGGCUUCCGCUCCACCUGGGCCAAGUACAUCCAGGAGAACAAGCAGAAGUGGAAGGAACGGGCGGCCAGCG